GCUCCCUACUUGGCUCACCAAAGCCUUCAAGAGUCUUCCAUCCUUUCUCCUGCACACAAUAUUUUGGGGAAGCAGAAACAAAACUCUUCCCAAUGAAGAGAACUCACCUGCUUGUUGUGGGGGUCUAUCUACUGUCCUCCUGCAGGGCAGAAGAGGGGCUUAACUUCCCCACCUAUGAUGGCAAGGACCGGGUGGUGAGCCUUUCUGAGAAGAACUUCAAGCAGAUUUUGAAGAAAUACGACCUGCUCUGCCUCUACUACCACGAGCCAGUGUCUUCAGAUAAGGUGGCGCAGAAACAGUUCCAACUGAAGGAGAUUGUGCUGGAGCUUGUGGCCCAGGUCCUGGAACAUAAGGAUAUAGGCUUUGUGAUGGUGGAUGCCAAGAAAGAAGCCAAGCUUGCCAAGAAACUGGGUUUCAAUGAAGAAGGAAGCCUGUACAUUCUCAAGGGGGAUCGCACAAUUGAGUUUGAUGGCGAGUUUGCAGCUGAUGUCUUGGUGGAGUUUCUUUUGGAUGUGAUUGAAGACCCAGUGGAGAUCAUCAAUACCAAGCUGGAAGUCCAGGCCUUCGAACGCCUUGAGGACCAGAUCAAACUCCUUGGCUUUUUCAAGAGUGAAGACUCGGAAUAUUACAAGGCUUUUGAAGAGGCAGCUGAACACUUUCAGCCUUAUAUCAAGUUUUUUGCCACCUUUGACAAAGGGGUUGCAAAGAAAUUGUCCUUGAAGAUGAAUGAGGUCGAUUUCUACGAGCCAUUUAUGGACGAGCCCGUUACCAUCCCCAACAAACCUCACACAGAAGAUGAGCUUGUGGAGUUUGUGAAGGAACACCAAAGACCUACUCUACGUCGCCUGCGCCCAGAAGAUAUGUUUGAAACAUGGUCUAGAGGAGAGGAUGACUUGAAUGGGAUCCAUAUCGUGGCCUUUGCAGAGAGGAGUGACCCAGAUGGCUAUGAGUUCCUGGAGAUCCUGAAACAGGUGGCCCGGGACAACACUGACAACCCUGACCUGAGCAUCGUGUGGAUCGACCCAGAUGACUUUCCUCUGCUUGUUGCUUACUGGGAGAAGACUUUCAAGAUUGAUCUAUUCAAGCCACAGAUUGGGGUUGUGAAUGUGACAGACGCGGACAGUGUCUGGAUGGAGAUUCCAGACGAUGAUGACCUGCCCACAGCGGAGGAGCUGGAAGACUGGAUUGAGGAUGUGCUUUCUGGAAAGAUCAACACUGAAGAUGAUGACAAUGAAGACGAAGAUGAUGACGAUGAUAACAACAAUGAUGAGGAUGAUGAUGAGGAUGACGAUGAUGAUUCUGAUGAAGAGGAGAAUGAUGACAGUGAUGAUGAUGAUGAAUAG